AUGCUUGUCAAGUCUAGCCUCCUCGCCCUCGGGGCAGCAUCCAUUACUGCUGCAUUGAAGCCGGUCGUCGUCAAGGACAACCACUUUGUUCACCCAGACAAUGGCAAUCGCUUCCAGAUCAUCGGUGUCGCCUACCAGCCUGGUGGUUCUGCUGGUUACAAGCCCGAAUCUGGAAUUGAUCCUUUAAGCAACGCCGAUGUUUGCUUGCGUGAUGCCGCCCUCAUCCAAAGUCUGGGCGCCAACGCCAUCCGAGUUUACAACCUGAACCCCAACCUGAAUCACGACGAGUGCGCAAGUAUCUUCAACGCUGCUGGCAUUUACAUGGUUCUCGACGUCAAUUCUCCCCUUGUCGGCGAAUCCAUUACGAGCCACAACCCUUGGGAGUCAUACUACGGCUCAUACGUCAACCGCACGUUGGCUGUUGUUGAGGCUUUCAAGGACUACCCCAACACUCUUGCUUUUUUCUCGGGCAACGAGGUCAUCUCUAAUGUAGACACUGGAGCCACGGUGCCCCCCUAUAUUCGUGCCGUGACGCGCGAUUUGAAGAACUACAUCGCCAAGCACAGCAAGCGGUCCAUCCCCGUGGGCUACUCGGCUGCCGAUGUUCGCUCCGUCCUUUUUGACAGCUUCAACUACUUUCAGUGCGCCAUCGAUGGCAAAUCGGACGACAUGAGCAGAGCCGACUUGUUCGCUCUGAACAGCUACUCUUGGUGCGGUGACAGCAGCUUCACCAAGAGCGGCUACGACCAGCUCGUCGCUGGCUUCAAGGACACGUCAGUUCCUGUCUUUUUUUCCGAGUACGGCUGCAACACUCCUUCUCCCCGUAUCUUCACGGAAGUCGGCGCCAUAUAUGGCGACCAGAUGAACACUGUCUUCAGUGGUGGUGUCGUCUACGAGUACGUCCAGGAGGCCAACAACUUUGGACUGGUCGAGAUCAAUAAGGAUGGCUCGGUCACGGUUCUCGAUGACUAUUUCAAGCUGAAGGAUCAGCUCGCCAAGCUUGACUUCAAGAAGGUUCAGGGUGUCUCUGCCGCUGCUGGUCAGAGUGCUGCGCCACCCAAGUGUGACACUAGCUUGAUCAAGGAGAAGGGCUUCAACAACAACUUUACACUGCCCGUCCCUCCCCCUGGGGUGCCCGAGAUGCUUCAGAAUGGUAUCAAGCCCGCUCCGGUCGGCAAGCUCGUCGACAUCAAGUCGUGGAAGGUUACUCAUGCCGUCAAGACCAAGGCUGGCAAGAGCAUUGACGGCCUCGAAGUCAAGCAGCUCACCAACAACGCCAUCAACCAGCCUGGGUCUAACAGCGGGGCUGGAUCUGGCACGCCCACCAACUCGAGCUCGAGUGGGUCGACCGGCUCGACCGGCAGCGCGUCGUCUUCUUCUGACAAAAAGGAUGCUGCUGGCAAUGUCCGGGUUGGCUAUGCGACGGUGCUUAUGUCUGCCGCGGCCGCCGCAGCAUGUGCCGUCUUUGUAUUCUAG